AUGCGGACAUUCAGACCCGGUCGGCAAGCCUCGCGGGCGCAAGAGCUCCCGCAGACGUUCCCGAAGCCUGGAUCCUCCGCCCACGAGCGCGGCGUGUGGGAGGGCGCGGGGUCCGCCCGCCAAUGGGGAACUACGGCGCGCGGCCGGGACCCGGAGGCAGCUCCUCACGGCGGGCGCGGUUCAGUCCGGCAGCGGCGGCGGCGGCGGCGGCGGCGGCGGUGGAGGAGGAGGAGGAGGAUGUGGGCCACGCAGGGGCUGGCGGUGGCGCUGGCUCUGAGCGUGUUGCCGGGCGGCCGGGCUCUGCGGCCAGGCGACUGCGAAGUCUGUAUCUCUUAUCUGGGAAGAUUUUAUCAGGACCUCAAAGAUCGAGAUGUCACAUUCUCACCAUCCUCUGUUGAAAAAGAGCUUAUAAAAUUCUGCCGGGAAGCAAGAGGCAAAGAGAAUCGGUUGUGCUACUACAUUGGGGCCACAGAUGACGCUGCCACUAAGAUCAUCAACGAGGUGUCGAAGCCCCUGGCCCACCACAUCCCUGUGGAGAAGGUCUGUGAGAAGCUCAAAAAGAAGGACAGCCAGAUCUGUGAGCUAAAGUAUGACAAGCAGAUUGACCUGAGCACAGUGGACCUGAAGAAGCUCCGGGUUAAAGAACUCAAGAAGAUCCUGGACGACUGGGGGGAGACGUGCAAAGGCUGUGCGGAGAAGUCUGACUACAUCCGGAAGAUUAAUGAACUGAUGCCUAAAUAUGCCCCCAAGGCAGCCGGUUCACGGACUGAUUUGUAGUCUGCCCGCCCCCCGCUGCACCUGUGGGGAAAGCAUUCCACUUGCGUCUUCCCUGCAGCCUUUUUGUAAUUUAUUUUUUAGGCAGGCUCCUGACAAUGUCAGGUGUGAAGCCUGGAGCUCUCCUGCCGAUGCUGGCUCUACAGCGCCCCCUGGGGGGUUCACUUUGUUCUGUUGCUGGUUUACUCUAGGACUUCAAAGUGUGUUUGGGAAUUUUUUAUUAAAGGAAGAACAUUUCUAGCUGUCCCUGGAGAAUUAAAGUGAAUCUGAAAUAGGAUUUCAGCCCUAA